UCUGACGCAAUUAGCCUGUGGAGUUGUAAAUGCAGAGAACUAUCUAAAAGAAGCUGAACAACGAGCAAUUGCACUAUUCCAAACCAGGACUUCAAGCCAAAGAAUUCAGACACUCAGAAGUAGCCUUAGUCGGUUGCGUUUGAGCAGAAAUUUCCUUGGCAAAGUCUUCAAAGUGCUCGAUUCAUACAUUAAUCCAACAAAAAUGGCAAUGUCACAAAAACGAGACAAUGGUUCUGCUGCCUUGUCAACCAUGGACGCUACAAACCUCUGGCGACAUUUGACUGAAGAGAAUUUGGAGACAGAUGAAAUCAUUGAAAUAAUCAGAAAUGGGAAAACCGGAUUCAUUUCUCAACGUCGCAAGGAUGAACAGCCUGGUUACGAAGGUCGUUUGCCUUUCCACGUAGCCAUUGCCAGAGAACAGAUAAAAAUAGUUCAUGUAAUGCUCGAUCAGAUUGAAAACACCGAUUUGGAUUCACUUAAAGACGUAUUUCAACAGAAAGCAACGGGAACAGAAUUUCUAGAUACGGUGAUGUCGGGACAAAUUCCAUUGUCCAUUGCUGCUUUGACCUUCAAUAAAGAGAUCAUGAGACUGCUGCUUGAUUACGGAGCUGACAUUGACUUUGUCAACGGCUACGAAGAAAAUGUGUUUCAUUCCCUUGUCCGCUACUGUAAUCCUGAAAACGUCUGCAAUGUCUGGGACACUAUCGUAUUCCUGUGUAAGGGGUGUGGAACUGAGCAAGGCAUCAUAACGCCUAUGUGGAGGAAACUCAGUGUGGAAGGGCAUACUCCUCUCACAUUGGCUGUUCUGUGCGGACAGCACGAGCUGUUUGGUAAAAUUCUCUCGCUUCAGGGCAUAUUCGAACGGUCUAAAAGCACAGAGGGUAUGAGUGACGUUAAGGAAGUUGACAUCACUGAGAUUGACACUUUAGCUUACGAGGUAUACCACAAAACAAACUUGCCGCCAUAUGCAGACAGUCCUCAGCAACCAAAGUCAGUUUUCAAGACGGUAUUUGCCCUGGACCGACGAAGCACUGAAAACUUUGUAGAUCACUACGCUGUGAGAAAGUGUGUCAUUGAAAAAUGGAAAACAUACCGGAUACCGUAUUACUUGUGGGCAUGCUUCCAUCUUCUGCUCGUUGCUAUUGUUAGCUUGGCUGGCAUCAAAAGAUCCGGCGGGUUGGAGUGGCUUCACGCCUCAGCAAGUUGGAUUCCGCUCAUCUUUAAUCUCAUAUACGCCAUUCUUAAACUGGUCGCCAUAUAUUACCAAGUUAAACACCGCUGUUCUCUGCCUAGGAGUAAGGGUAAAUUUUCAUCCAGAAUUCAGUCUGCCUUCAACGAAUUACACGACGGGUUGUACUUGAUACUGUUGGGGGUAUCCGCUGUUACGUCAAUAGUUGAUCACAUCUGGUUCUUUGCCACUUCCGCUACGGGCACAGCAUCACAUUUCUUUUUAGUGUUUGCCCUUCUCAGCGACUUCUGUUUCAUUUCUUUCUUUGUUCGCACGUUGAAGCAUUUCAGUUUCUUCACUGUUAUGAUUCAACGAGUAAUAUUCCGCGAUCUACUUCGAUUUCUCUUUUUUAUUAUAGUAAACAUUGUCGGGUUUACUGUCGUCAUGUUUUUAAUUUGGAAUGUGCCGGAGGAAGGUCAAACGGGCCAACACUUUUUAAAUCUCACGGUAGCCAUGAUUUCCCUCAUGCUAGGCCUGGACGACGUCAGUCUAGACAUGGCCCGGGAACCAGGUUUGUCUCGUGUCGUAUACUACCUAUUUGUGAUAAGCUGUUACAUUAUAGCCCUGAACGUUCUCAUUGCCUUAAUAUCUGGCACAUGCGACGAACUGACCCCCAAAAAGCUCGUAAUAUGGAAAAUACAAAUGCUGUCCGUCAUCGUCUUCUUGGAUAAUAUACGCUUUCUGCCAGAGACAUUUCGCGGAAAGGCUGGAAAAAAAGAUCGCAACAUGAGGACAUGGUUAUCUGUGAAACUAAGGGAGCGCCAAUCGACGUACGAAUCAAAGAAAAGACCAAAAGUACCUAAGAUGUCUAGGAAAAAGAAGCCAAACGCUAGGCGACUGUAUAGACCCAGCGCCACCAGUCCAACAAUAGAGAUCACCCAAUCAAAGCUAGAUCGGGAAUAGAAGGAUUCUUUACCUGGGAACACUUACAUCUAAAAAUGUCGACGUCUAUGUUUUUUUUAAAAUUUUUUUUAUUAUUUUUUAUUUUGCGAGUCGCCUAUAUUCAGUUGUCUGUAAAAUAAUUCAUACUCACUACCAACAUUGCUUUCAGUCAGUGACACGUAACAAUACAAGCUCUACACAUGCCUGAAGUUCUUACUCUUUUUGAAGUUGCAAAAAUAAUGAAGAUUGAACGUUUCUUCUUCUUGAUAAUGUUAAACUCCAUAAGUCUUGUUUCGACACCAAGAACUCGGAUGAGGUCAUAAUUGGUCAGAAACAAGUGACAUGCUGAGCAAUGGGCGUGCAGAGUAAUUUGUUUUACAACAGGUGCACUGACAUGCGGUUAGGACAAACAGCAUACAGUUACACUGCGUUCAUGACAGCCUCCACGAAUUGACUACUCUGUAUCGGAGAAUUCCCUGACAUGCAACUCCAAAAUCAUUCUGCCGUUAGAUUAUACACUAGAAGAUAUAACAUAUAAUUCAUCUAUUUAGGUUAUCAUGACAGUGUCAGAAGCUGGGCUUAGAGUGAAGUCGAUAGGAGCUUUGGUAACUGGUGUCCCCUUCCCUCAGAACAUACCGGACCUCGAACAUUCCUCAGUAUGCCAUUUGUUUUGAACAAUUAUGACCCGAGGCAAUGAGUUCUUGCCUUCGAAACUGUGCUAUAUCAAGUUUAACAUUAUGAAUGAGGAAAAGUGUUCAAACUUCAUUUUCUUUGCAGUGAUAUGAAUUUUCAAUAUAUUGAUGUGUACAGAUUGUGUUGUCACGUGUCACUGAUAAAAACAACGUUUGUAGAGGGUAUGGCUAAUUUUAAAGAUGGCUGAAUAUGGGUAAAUAUCGCUAAAAGAAAUAGAUUAUCUUUAUUUAUUUGAUUUAUGUUUUACGUUGGUCUCAAGAAUAUUUCACUUAUACAACGGCGGCCCCCAUUAAGGUGGGAUAAAUGCGGGCAGAGCCCAGGAGAAACCCACGACCAUCCGCAGGUUGCUGGGAGACCUUCCCGCGUACGGUUGGAGAGGAAAUAGACUAUAGUGAGGCCAGGUAAUACUUCUUAAUUGUUUUCUUCUGCAUAUAUAAAAUUGUGUAAAACAUGGCCAUCUUUUUGUUCAGGUGCGUCAUCUACAGAUACACGAUGUUUUGAUUAGUUCAACCGCUGCAACAUUUAUCUUCGUGACGUUUUGCUUUUUGUUUUUUGUUUUGUUUUUUUUUGCUUUGAAGUGAAGUUUAAGCAACAUUAUUCAAAACAUUUACCAGAGAAGUGUUGUCGACUAUAUGAUGGACUAGGCCGACAGUUCGUGCGAUGAUAUGGAUGCUAUUAUACCAGAAGACAACAAAAAUAUAAAUUCUCCUAUAUUUACUCAAUGUGCUGGAUGAAAAACGCGAGGAGAAAUUAUAACCCAAAUUUAUGUAAUUGCAAGAAAAUAUUUUUGCCCUUCUAACUUGCUUUGAUCUUCGUCGAAUGAGAAGUGAGUUUUUCUACAGCCUCAAAGUCACCUUGCGAUGUCAUCAGUUGCACGGUAGUAUAUUCGCCCAGCCCAAACGACAUCUACAUUACCCUCCCCCACCCCCAAAUAACAAUCAUUAUUUCUAGACGUUAUGGCAGUAAACGUUUUUAUGUUUUUUGUAUAUCAUUAUAUAAGAAUGACUAUAGAUCUCACUAUUUUCGUAUUUUGUCGGUGCCAGGUACAUGCCGAAUAAUGAUCAUACUAUAACUUCAGUAAGUGGGAAGGUCUUCCAGCUACCUGCCUAUGGUCGUGGGUUUCCCCCGGGCUCUGCCCUGUUUUCUCCACCAUAACGCUGGCCGCCGCCGCUUAAAUAGUUAAAUACUCUUGAACAAGGCGUGAAGCACCAUUUACAGAAGUAAUAAAAUAAUAUCACUUCAAACGUUCAAGAAUGUUAUUCAGUGUACCUUAGGAUACAAACGUUUAUGUUUGCUGUCACAGAUAAUAAGUUCGUGUCUGAUAAGAAAUAAUGGGCAUUGUCUAAACGUUAGGCUGGUAUUGGUUUGCCUGACGAAACUUUGAAACUCUUUGCGAGAGAAUGUCAGAUGUCAAACAGUUGUGAGGAUAAGAGUGACAUACCCCUAGGUGUCUAUCACAUCUACUGGCACAGGCAGGUGAGGUGUUCGGGAAUUUAUGGUUGUUUAUCAGAGCUUGUUCAGAGUAAACAUUGAAUUGUUUGUGGCUGAGUCAAAGCCAAAGAUAACGUUGUAACUUAUGGGAAUGAAUAUAAGGAUUUGAUGUCAUGCAUUAGACACAGAUUACUAUGCGUAUAAUUAAUGCUACAUGCAUAAAGAAACUUUCUCAGCUUGCUAUAAAACAUCGGUUUAUACUUUGUAUUUUUCUAAUUUACAAUUCUGAUGACAUCGUGCUUGAUAGUUAUGCUCUUUUAUAUCAAUAUAUUAAAAGAUUGGGUGUACUUCCGGCAAGGCCGACACUGUUUAUUCAGAUUCUAUCGCUGUU